UCUGCUUUCAGUGGCACUCUUCCCGCUUCUGUUAGUUCAGUCAUUGCCACAAUCACAAGUGGAACAGAUGCAAGCGUUUCCGAAGUGCCACCAAAGACAACUUACACCGGUGGAGCACAAAACCCUUCCAUCUCAAACGCUCCUCCAUUGCCAAGUCAAAGUGCAGUUGUUGUUUCUAGUUUCCCCGCUUUGGACAAGAGCCCUGAUCCAAGUCUAGCUCUAUCACAACAAUUCAUUGCUAAAUACGAUCUUUCAAGCGUUCCAGACAUUCCCAUCACUGAUGGAACAUGUAACGGUCAAUUCGGCGCAAAUGCUGCUGCAAACAGAUAUUGGACCUGUGGUGGACACACUGCACCUUCUGAUAUCACAGCUUGCCCGGAAAAGAACCACUGGGGAUUGUCAUACGAUGAUGGACCAUCUCCUUACACUCCUCAAUUGCUCGAUUACCUUGAAUCACAAAAUUUGAAAACAACUUUCUUCAUCGUUGGUUCUCGUGCUCUUUCUCGUCAAGAUUUAUUGCGUUAUGAAUACAUGAACGGACAUCAACUCAGUGUUCAUACAUGGUCUCACCCUGCUUUGACAACACAAACAAAUCAACAAAUUUUGUUAGAAUUGGCUUGGACAAUGGAGGUUAUUCGUCAAGUUACCGGUGUUACACCUGUUACCAUGCGUCCUCCUUACGGUGAUAUCGAUGAUCGUGUUCGUGCAAUUUGCAAGAUUUUGGGUCUAACACCAAUCAUGUGGACUAGCACAAGUGAUACAAUGACAUACGACACAAACGAUUGGCGUAUCGGAGCAGGUCAGGUUAGCGCUGCUUCUGUUGUUGGUAACUUUACACAAAUUUUGAACAAUUCUGACACUUUGAGUACCGGUUAUAUUGUUUUGGAACACGAUUUGUACAAACAAAGUGUCGAAUUGGCAACUGAAGUCGUUCUACCUAUGGCUUUAGCACAUACUCCCAAACAAACACUUGAGCCUAUCUACCAAUGCUUGGGCUUGCAAUUGGGUGACUCUUAUGUGGAAACCAACCGUAAUGUCUCAGGAAGUGGUGGUAUUGCUUCUCCGGGAGAUACAAACCCUACUUCAAACAGCUCCUCAAGCGGAAGCAGUAGCGGAAACAAAGCAGGUAACUUUGGUUCCUCCGGCAGCGGCUCUUCUGGC